AUGCUGACUUAUACCGCGACGAGAGAACGAGCACUAGACCACCGAAAACUGGAGUCCUCGGAUCAGAUUCUCUCGCUCCGCGCCAUUCCGCCGAGGAGGAGGAGCGACGAGAAUGGUUGGAGAUCCGCUGGCCAGCGCUCCGGGGCAUUGAGCGCGAUUUCAACCCGAUUAUCCUUCCAUUCUCACAACCACGUCGAACCUAAACCCGACGUACACGGGCCGCUUGGCUUGAAUCUCCUUUACGAGCCCUCCGAGCCCCGCGUCGACUUCGUCUUUAUACACGGUUUGGGUGGAGGAUCUCAAAAGACAUGGAGCUAUUCGUCGGAGCCGGGCAUGUUCUGGCCCAAGGACUGGCUGCCGAACGAGGUCGGGUUCAGGCACGUUCGUCUUCACAGCUACGGGUACAACUCGGACUGGACGACGAAGAAGGCCAGCCCCUUGACUAUCCACGAUUUUGGACAGGCGCUGCUCGCCGACCUUUACAAUUCCCCUUACCUCCGCAAGAAUGGUGAUACUCCGAUCGUGUUUGUGGCCCAUAGCAUGGGCGGCUUGGUCGCCAAGAAGGCUUACCUCCUAGCCACCCGGGACCCGAUCUACAAGGAUAUUGCGCGACGAAUUCACACCAUGUUCUUUCUCGGCACUCCACAUCGCGGAGCCGAUUCGGCGCACACUGCAAAGGUGCAAAUCAAUGAUGAAUUCAGGCAUGUCUGCGAAAACAUUCACAUUUGGUCCUUCACCGAGGCCAUUCCAACCAAGGUCGGUCUGCCCAAAGAACAUGUCCAAUAUAUUGAGGCCGAUCACCGCAAUAUUUGCAAGUUUGACACCCCGAUAAAUCCCAAUUACAUGGUGCUCCAGAGAGCGUUCCUGGCUACCAUCGAAGAUAUGGCGUCUGAUCUUUCGUUCCGACGGCGGGACGAAUACAGGUCUCAGAUGAAGAAAGUUGCCGCGCUCCUGCGAGUCGACCAGAGACCAGAUGCGGUCCUCCUAGCUACCAACGAGAAGCAGCAUCCCGGAUCCUGUCAGUGGCUGACCGAAAGCCAAGCGUUCCAAGAAUGGGUAGAUAAUCCGGUGGAUGGUUGGGAAGAACUUGGUCCAUUGGAAGACCCUCUCGAGGGUGAAAAGAGACCAAAGAUUUUGUGGCUCGACGGCCGACCCGGGACCGGCAAGUCAGUCGCAGCCGGCCACGUCAUCCGCUAUUUGCAAUCGUGCAAUCUCGACUGUAGCUUCUAUUUCUUUGAGCACAAGAACAAGAGCGGUUCUACAAUAGCGGCAUUCCUUCGAUCCCUGGCAUUUCAAAUGGCAGAAUCUAAUUUCGAGAUCCGCCGUGCCGUCGUGUCCAUGGCAGAGGACGACAUUAGAAUCAAUCACGACGACCACCAUAUGCUUUGGACCAGCCUCUUCACGGAGCGAAUCUUGAAAGUGGAGCACACUCGGCCGCAAUACUGGGUAAUAGAUGCAGUUGAUGAGUGCUCGAGUAAAGGCAUGCCGGCUCUCGUGUCCAUGUUGUCGAAUCUAGAUUACAAGUCUCCCGUCCGAGUCUUCAUGACCAGCCGACCUGGUGGACAACUAGGCCGGCUUCUCUCACUAGAGAGAACGGAAUUCACCGAGAUGACCACCGGCCAAGAAGGAUCCUUGCGGGACAUUGAGCUCUUGGUGAGGGCUAGGUGCCCUGGAGCGAGCGACGCCGGGCAUUACCAUGACCUAGUCACCGAUGUCCUGGCCAAGUGCAACGGCAUCUUCCUAUCCCCCGAGAUGGACAUGUUCUACUCCCGCAUCAUCGCAACGAUUGUCGAAUCGCCGAGCUUCGAGCUUGCCAAAUGCAUCCUAAAAUGGGCCAUUUGUUCGCCCGAACCCCUCCAUUUCGAGGAACUUGCCGAGGCUGUAAAGCUCGACAUCGGCAGAACCUUGACGGCAUCCGGCGGCCAGCUCGAAACCAUGACGGGCCAUCUCGUAUACGUGGACAACCAGCUCGCCGAGGUUUGCCUUUCCGUCCUCUGCGGCACCGAAUUUGCGCCGCCCAGGAUGCGGCGAAAGGGCAUGACGGCCAAGAACACCGUUUUCUCUGCCCUCGCCGACUACGCCGCCCUCAACUUCUCGUACCAUCUCAUGCACGGCUCCUCGGCCGCCGACGGGCCCCUCAUCCUGCUCAACAAAUUUCUCCGGUCCAAUGUGCUGACGUGGAUCGAGAAGACGGCGAGCACCAGGAAUCUCUGGACCCUGCAGCUCACCGCGCAAAGACUCAAGGCGUAUCUGGGCCGGCGGGCAAAGUAUCAGUCGCUGGCCAGCGUCGAAUCGCAGACUGUUGCGCGGUGGGCUGCCGAUAUCUACCAUAUAGUGGCGGCGUUUCACUCCAGCUUGCUUACUUCGCCGUCUUCGAUUUACUUCCUCAUCCCCCACUUUUGCCCUCCCAAGUCGAUUAUCCAGGAGCUUUUCGCCAAGCCAACCCGGCAACUGAGAAUCGCGGGCCCGUUGGAGGAAGACUGGAACGAUAGGCUGGCGUGCUAUUUAUUCCCAGAGGAGGCAUCCGCCGUCGCCUGUUGCACGCGGUUCCUCGCGGUCGGCCUUGCGGACGGUGGCAUCAAAAUCUACCACGUCGCCGGCUCCGAUUCGGAUUCCUCCGAUGAGAGUGACCGACAGCCGGCCGCGUGGUUACCGUCCGAGUGGAUCCGACUAGAUCCCGGCCACAGAUUGGCUGCGCUGGCUUACAGAAAUGCGUCUGUGUUGAUCUGGGAUCUGAGCUCCGUUGAACAAAUUGGUAAAUUCGAAAAAGAAGGGUUCGAGGAUGUCUACGCCAGCCCGCAAACCCUAGACAUGAUCUUCAACCCAGUCCCCGAGCUAGAGCUCCUUGCCAUCACAUACAAAGAUGGAGACAUAGUGACGUGCAACCCGUGGACUUUGGAGCAGGUCAAUAAGUGCCAUCUCCAAGUUUAUCUGAUAGCCCUGGCCGCCACGUCAGACGGUCGGGUUCUGGCGGGCGCGACAGAUGACGGAGGAAUCUAUCUCUUCCUAUUUGAAACGCUGCAGCCAAUUUAUCAAAUCGGUAGAUCUGACAAUAAUCUUCGAAUCCAUGAUAUGGUAUUCUCAGCCGACAACCUACGGUUUUUCGAUAUCCGGGGACAAUGCUGCACCGUCUGGGAACCGUUCAUCCUGGUACCAAAAGAUGAGUCGGACGACAAUUCCUCGGAGGCGCAAAGCGAAGAGGUCAUUACCCUAGAGUCGCCCGUCUCUCGCGCGCACGUGUUUGAAUGGGGGAGGGCAAUCACAGUCAUCGAACACGCAGCCUCUGGCAACUUUGUGAUGGUGGGACGGCAGGACGGCACGAUCGACAUAUGCGAAGUGAGCACGGGCGCCGUUCUAGACAAGUUGAAAUUACACGACUCGUUCACUGAAAUAGAACACAUAGAUUGGGAUGACGAGACGAGGUCACUUCUCAGCGUCGAUACGACUGGCCGCUAUAUCCUUACACGGUUGUCAGUGGUCGGACAGGGUAGCACUAAAGUGCAGACCUCGUGUCUGCUCGACUGCCGAGAGCCAGCCUCCAUCCGGCAGGCAUUGAUUGGGCCCAGAUCCGAAUCACUGCUCAUCUGCACGGAAUCGAGCGCCAAGAUCAUUGGGCUUGAUGGCAAAAAUGCCGUCCACCUUUUCGAAUGGGACUCUCUAAAGCGGCCCCUCCAAACCAACGGAGUCUCACUUCUUGCCUCCGAGUUCCCUACGCAAGCUUCAAGCCACCCUUGGAUUGGCGGUGCGGGUUCCGGCUAUGUUGCGCAAUGCGUUUUCCAGUCAUCGGCCCGGACAAGCACAAUCUUCGCACUGGAAACGUCCAAGAUCACGAGCGAAACCCAAGAUAUAUCGCUGCAGAUGCUCCGCACCGGAUCCUUGAACGUACAAGCCGUGCUUGGGUGCACAAGAUCCAAAUUAUUCAUCCUCGAUACGAACGGGUGGGUGUGCUCAGUUGGUCUUAAGAACUUGAGCAAAGCGACUCAAUACACCCGCCACUUCUUUAUCCCCCUCACUUGGCGCGCAGGAGGCGGUAUCGUAAUCAAGGCAAUUUCCAAGACCGCGGUGGCAUUUGGAAGAGGGGAGCAGUUGAUAAUUCUUCACGGGUUCUUGGAGUUGGAAGAGGCAGUGGCGUUUUGA